UUUCAUCGAACAUCAUAUCGGCACCUCUUUCCCUUCUAAACACCCAAAACGAACUCUCACACUCACGCAUUCACUGUCUGUGUGAGGAAUUUCGUCGAACAUCGACGCGUCGCCACCUUCAUUUAUCUUCGAAGACUUUGUGAGAGGAAUUUAUUUUAUCAAACAUGUCGUCGGCGAAGUGGCGCGCCUUGCAGCAUCGCCACCGCUACACCUACACCGCUGUGGUUUUCCCUCCGUCGUUCCUCUCCUCCCUCUCCCUCCUCCUCUCCGACCCUCUUUUCUCCCCCUUCCACUCCUCCCUCCUCCACUUCACUUCUCUCUCCUCCACCCUCUCCCAACUCUCCCACGCCAAAAACCUCGCCUCCACCUUCCUCCACCUCCUCCAAGCCCACCCUCCCCCCGAACCUCAAACUCCUCUUAACCUUGCCUGCGAACUCUAUCUCCACCUCCUCUUCCUCGAAAACUCCAACCCCCUCCACAAAACCUUCCUUUCUCCCCUCGCCAAAACCACGCCGUUCCGCUCCAUCCUCGCCACUUCCUUCGGCACUCUCCUCCAUAACAACCAUGCCUUCCCGCGCUUCGCCGUCUCUCGCGCCGCGCUCUCUGUCCUCGGCAUGCCCAAGCUAGACUACCUCGCCGCAGUAGUGGAAGAUUGCGCUGUCCUCGUUGCCUCCGAUGCCGUUAAUGGCCUAACCGGCGUUGUUUCCGAGACUGAGAGGCCUUCGCCUGUUCUCAUGGAACAAUGCCAGGAGGCUCUGUCUUGUUCAUAUUACUUGCUACAGAAGUUUCCUUCCAAGUUUCGCGAAAGUGAGGGUGGUGAGAGCGGUGUUGUCAUGGAAGGGAUUGUGAGUGUUGUGUUGAGUGUUUUGAGUUCAACUGCGUUUUCGAGGGACUGUCUCGUGGCGGCUGGUGUGGCUCUGUGUGCUGCUUUUCAAGUUUGUGUGAGUAAAGAAGAGCUUGGUUCGGUGUUGAUUCGAGGGGUGUUUAAUAAUAGCUUGCAGGGUUUGGAUUUGAGUGGUGGUGGUGGUGACAUUGGUGAGGUCAGGGAUGUGAUUGGGAGGAUUCCUUGUAAGGGGGAUUUGUAUUUUGGGAUUUCUGGCCUUUCUGUGUUGAGUAGGCUUUGUUUAAUUAGAGGGGUUCUCACUGCGGUUUCUAGGGACUUGCUUAAUGCUCAUUUUAGUGGUGUGGGUGGUAUUAAGACUGUCUUGUAUGAUGGGGUUUUGCCUGAGCUGUGUAGAUUCUGUGAGAAUCCUGUUGAUAGUCACUUCAACUUUCAUGCGCUUACGGUGAUGCAGAUUUGUUUGCAGCAGAUUAAGGCGUCGUUGUUGGCGGGUUUAACUGAUAUGUCCGGGGAGUAUGAGCCAAUUCCGGAGGAAAUGGGGGUGCGGUUGCUUAGGAUUAUUUGGAAUAACUUGGAGGAUCCUCUGAGUCAAACAGUGAAGCAGGUGCAUCUCAUUUUUGACCUGUUUCUCGACAUUCAGUCUUCCCUCUGUGAGGGUGGGGAGAGAAUAAAGGAGUUUUUGGUGAAGAUUGGAUCGGAUCUUCUUUCGUUGGGGUCUCGGUGUAAGGGGAGAUAUAUUCCAUUGGCAUUGCUGACGAAGAGAUUGGGAGCGAGGAAAAUGUUGGAAAUGACUCCAGAUCUGCUGUUUGAGACAACACAGGCAUAUAUUGAUGAUGAUGUCUGCUGCGCUGCCACAUCGUUUCUGAAGUGCUUCCUUGAGUGUUUGCGUGACGAGUUCUGGGAGAGUGAUGGUAUUGAAGGAGGAUACGCUCUCUAUAGAGGGCAUUGUCUUCCCCCAGUUCUGUAUGGGCUAGGUUCUGGAUCAUCGAAACUUCGCACCAAUAUAAAUACUUAUGCCCUGCCAGUUUUACUGGAAGUGGAUGUGGACAGUAUAUUUCCCAUGCUUAGUUUCAUCUCGGUUGGGCCAAAUGGGGAUGAGAACAGACUACAAUAUACAGAACUUGUUUGCUUGGACAUGGAAGUGAAUCUCGAACAGAGAAUUGCUAUUCUAGUUUCAUUGCUGAAGGUAUCUCGGUCACUUGCUUUGGUUGAAGGAGACAUUGAUUGGGCAGAAGAUCCUUCAGUGAAUGAAAAGGAGCCUGGGCUGGGAAUUGAAAGCCAUGCUAUUGUUUGCAUUAAGGGAAUAAAUGUUAGGAUCCAUGUUCAGUGGCUAGUAAAUGCAUUGACUCAUGUGGACGAGUCACUGCGUGUUGAUGCUGCUGAGUCUCUUUUCUUAAACCCCAAGACAGCUAGUUUGCCUGCUCAUCUAGAGCUCACUCUAAUGAAGGAAGCUGUGCCUUUGAAUAUGAGGUGUUGCUUCUCAGCUUUUCAGAUGAAGUGGAGCAGCUUGUUUCGUAAGUUCUUCUCUAGGGUUCGAACAGCCCUGGAGAGACAAUUCAAGCAAGGAAACUGGAGCCCUCUCGAGCAUGCUAAAGGUAAUGAAGUUUAUCCUUCUAAAGGGAAUGAUAAGGAAUCAACAAUCAAAAGAGCCGAUCAUCUUUUUCACUUUAUGAGGUGGUUGAGUGGCUUCUUAUUUUUCUCGUGCUAUCCUUCUGCUCCUUACAAGAGGAAAAUAAUGGCGAUGGAUCUCAUCUUAAUUAUGAUAAAUGUUUGGUCUAUUAAGUCAUCAAUUUGUGAUGAGUCUAAUAGUUCUUUGCCGGGAAGUCAACUUUAUCCUUACAACAAGGGGAUGACUUCAUCUGAUUCAACUCUAUUGUUAGUUGGGUCAAUUGUUGAUAGUUGGGACAGGUUGAGAGAAAAUUCAUUUCACAUAUUACUCCAUUUUCCUAGUCCACUACCUGGAAUUUCUAAUGAAGACACGCUGAAGAAGCUAAUUGCUUCGUCAAUGAAAUUAGUUUGCAGUCCACGUGUAAGGGAAAGUGAUGCUGGAGCUCUAUCCUUACGACUUAUAUUUAAGAAGUACGUGCUGGAGCUAGGUUGGUUGAUUGAAGAUUCAUUAAAUGUUGUUCAUUUAAGCUCAAAGUCUGAAUUGGUAAAUGAAGUUAGCCAGUCCAAUAAAUCCAGAAAUCCUGUAAUAACGUAUUUGAAAUCAAUGAUUGAUUGGCUGGAUGCUGCUGUAAGAGAUGGGGAACAAGAUCUUUCUAAAGCAUGCAAAAACAGCUUUGUCCAUGGUGUAUUACUUGCUUUGCGCUAUACUUUUGAGGAACUGGAUUGGAAUUCUGAUGUCUUAUCAUCUAGCAUCUUGGAGCUGAGAUAUUUGUUGGAAAGACUUCUAGAUCUUGUUGUUCGGAUAACUUCAUUGGCACUAUGGGUGGUUUCUGCAGAUGCUUGGCAUUUGCCUGAAGACAUGGAUGAAUUGCUUGAUGAGGAUAAUCUUUUGAUGGAGAUACCAUACGAUGAGCAUAUGCCUUCAUCUGAAUGUGAAAAUAAUAAUUCAAAUCCUUCUCAUGAUGAUGGCCGAUCAUCAGAACAGAUAGUCAUGGUUGGUUGCUGGCUUGCCAUGAAAGAGGUGAGCCUUCUUUUGGGGACUAUUAUACGAAAGGUGCCAUUGCCAAGGAAUACUUCUUCGGAUUUAUCUGAUUUAGAGGGGCAUUCUGUUGACUUUUCAUCUGAUUCUGUGCUUGACUUGGAACAACUUAAAACAAUAGGAAAUCACUUUUUAGAAGUCCUCUUAAAGAUGAAGCAUAAUGGUGCAAUUGAUAAGACGAGGGCUGGGUUCACAGCUCUUUGCAAUCGAUUACUCUGCUCUAAUGACUCAAGACUUCAUAGAAUGACAGAGGCUUGGAUGGAACAACUUAUGCAAAGAACUGUGGCCAAAGGACAAGUAGUGGAUGACUUGCUGAGAAGAAGUGCUGGAAUACCUGCUGCAUUUAUUGCUCUGUUCCUUUCAGAGCCAGAAGGCACCCCAAAGAAGCUUCUGCCUCGGGCAUUAAGAUGGCUUAUAGAUGUAGGUAAUGGGUCCAUGCUGAAUCAGAUUGAAAACAAUAGCUUCGAUGGUGACCCAUGCAAGUCAAAUGAUUCUGCAAAUGGAAAUAAUUCUACACGGGCAGCUGAAAGAAAUGUCAAUCUGACGUCGUCAAAGAUCAGAGAUGAAGGUGUCAUUCCUACAGUACAUGCAUUUAAUGUUCUAAGAGCUGCAUUCAAUGACUCCAACUUGUCUACUGAUACAUCUGGUUUCUCUGCCGAGGCUUUGAUUUUGUCCAUUCGUUCUUUCUCUUCACCGUAUUGGGAGAUUAGAAACAGUGCUUGUCUGGCUUACACUGCCCUGGUUCGUCGCAUGAUUGGAUUCCUUAAUGUUCAUAAGCGGGAAUCAGCACGACGGGCAAUAACUGGACUUGAAUUUUUUCACAGGUAUCCGUCAUUGCAUUCAUUUCUGUUUAAUGAACUGGAAGUUGCCACAGAGUUUUUGGGUUGUGCAUCUUCAGAAGAUUUAGAGUCCAUCCGUGGAAAUAAUUUGCAUCCGAGCUUGUAUCCAAUUCUGAUUCUCUUAUCAAGGCUCAAGCCUUCAUCAAUUGCUGGUGAGACAGGAGAUGAGCUAGACCCUUUCCUUUUCAUGCCUUGGAUUAGAAGGUGCUCAACCCAAAGCAAUUUACGAGUUCGUGUUCUUGCAUCCAGAGCUCUAACAAGUAUAGUAUCAAAUGAGAAAUUGCCUGCAGUCCUUCACAAUAUUAUAUCCGAGUUGCCCUCUGUAGAUAAACUGAUCAAAUCAACUAGUUUUCCAAUUUCUUUCAACUUCAUUCAUGGAAUUCUCUUGCAGUUGAGCGCUUUACUGGAUAUAAAUUUUAGGAAUCUCGCUGAUAACUCGAGGAAAGAUCAUAUCAUUGGUGAGUUGAUUCAAAAUCUUCUACUACGGUCAUGGAUUGCAAGGCCCACUCAUUGUCCGUGCCCUAUCCUUAAUGAAACAUUCUUAAGAGUUCUGGAUCAAAUGCUCAAUAUGGCAAGAACAUGCCAGAUCUCAAAACAUUUCCGUUCCAUUUCCAAGCUGCUAUUGGAGCUGUCAACAGAAUGCUUAGAUUUAGAAUCACAUAGCCUGUCAUAUUAUGAUCCAACCAUUGCCAAACUUCGUGAGCAAGCAGCCAUUUCAUAUUUUGGAUGUUUUUUUCAUGCACCUAUGGAUGAGGAAGAGACAAUCAAUAUGAGACUAAGGCAUUCUCUUCCCAAUUCAGAAUCAUUUCCUGAAGAUGAAAUGGAAAAUACAUCUUUUGGUCUUUUGGAUAGGUUGAUUUGCUGCUUGUCAGACUCAUUAUAUGAAGUUCGGCUUGCAACACUGAAGUGGUUGCUGAAGUUCCUGAAAGCAUCGGAGCCUUCUGGCAAGGUCUAUGAUCUAUUCCGUAAUGACAUCACGGCUGUUCAACUCUGGGUAAAAACUAACCUUCAUGGAACCUUGGUGAACAUUUUGGCAUCAGAGAAGCACCACAGAUGUACAAAUUACAUUCUGAAGAUCCUUGUAGCUUGGAGUUUGCUGCAGUUUGGAAAGUUGGGUCAAGAGAAGUGCACCGGUACAGGUUAUGUUGGUGAAAUGGACUUUGAUUCCGUAUUGAAAUUUUGGAAUGAAUUAGUUUUCUUGUACAAGCAAGCAAGACAUGCAAAGACCCAAGAGACCCUUGUUCGCUGUCUGGGAGUAUGCAUCAAGAGAAUUACAAUGUUGUUUGCAAGUUCUAUUAUACCAAAUGACGGAAUAGAUUUUUCAGUAUGUGGUGAAAUUCAUGAGGAGGAAAUGGUAGUUUGUUUGUUUGAUUGCAUUGUUUUUUUCUGUAACAUGAUUAAACAAUGUAGUUCAUCAUCUGAGCCGGCGAGUAUCCGCUAUGCAGCAGCUGAAUCUUUGAUAGCAUCUGGUUUGCUUGAGCAGGCUGGGCUCCUUGGCUCAUUUGUUUCAAAUAACCAGAUUCCCUUGGGCACUUCAUCUUGUUUUGUGAAAAAUGAAGCUAUGAACUCGUAUGCUCAUCAGGUACUAGAGGUGUGGCUCACAUGCAUUAAGCUUUUGGAAGAUGAAGAUGAUUCUGUUAGAUUGAGGCUUUCCUCAGAUGUUCAGAAGUGUUUUACUAAAGAAAAAAGUAGGAGCAACCAUCCUCCUGGAUUGGUUCCAAUCCAAGUAGAUAGAGUGAUAAGACUCUGUUUUGACCACCUCUCUUCCAUUUUUGGCCACUGGAUUGAUUAUUUCGAUUAUCUUUGUCAAUGGGUAUUACGUGCUGAAAACUGUGUAGCACCCGAAGGAGAUCUUGUGAGACGGGUAUUCGACAAGGAGAUUGACAAUCAUUAUGAAGAGAAGCUGUUGAUCAGUCAAAUUUGUUGCUCCAACAUGGAAAAACUACCUAUUUUGAAGUCCUGGGCUGACAGAGAUGAAUUCAGGAGCUAUUUACAUGAAUGGAGAGUUAGAUUUUCCCAUCAACUAGUGUCAUAUGCUCAAGACCAUAUUGUGAAACAGGAAGGGAAUGAUUGGAUAGGAGGCGUGGGUAACCAUAAAGAUGCAUUUUUACCCUUAUAUGCAAAUUUACUCGGUUUCUAUGCUAUUUCUAACUGCAUUUUCCUUGUAUGUAAUGAUGCCAAACUACUACUAUCUGAUGUAGUUGUUCUUGGAAGAGCCAUCAAUCCAUUUCUUAGAAACCCUUUGAUUUCUAACCUAUUUAAGUUAGUUGUAGAAUCACAUGAGAAAGUGGCCGGUGAUGUUGCUGAAGGCUUGCUUCCUCAGAUCGAAAAUUGCUCUAUCUGGGAUAGUUUUAACCCUUAUUUUCUUCUUUAUUAGGAUUUGUAUACUGGGUGUAGAUUCUCAUAAAAGUCCUUUAUGGGGAGCUUUUACCAAA